AUGAAGUUCCCCAUGAAUAUUGUUGUAGUCUUAAUUGUGCUUUACACUCUAAGCCAUGGAGCUGGAGGAAACCAAAAGUCGAGACCCUCAGAAGAAGAUUUGGAACUUGAGAGGCAACUUAAUAGCUUGAAUAAGCCACCCAUCAAGAGCUUCAAGAAAAAUGGUGAUAUUAUUGAUUGCAUUGACAUCUACAAGCAACCUGCUUUUGAUAACCCGUUGCUCAAGGAUCAUAAGCUUCAGAGGAGACCUACUUCUGUUCCAAAAGGACUAAAGUUGACAUCAGGACGAGAUUUAAGAUUAAUUAAACGAUCUAAUCAGAGGGAAUUUGAGGAGUGUCCUUAUGGAACUGUUCCUUUCAGAAGGAUUCAGAAGGAAGAUUUGAUCAGAGCAAAAGCAAUUUCAUACCCUAAUCGUUCAAGACCCAUUAAUCCAACUGCACCUCUUUUACCAGCUGGCAUGCAUUAUGCAGCAGUAACAACUCCAAAUGAUCCCUCUGAAAAGAUAUAUGGAGCUAAAACAUCAAUCAGUGUAUACAAUCUGACAGCAGUUCAAGAUCCCCAACUAAGCCAGGCUCUUUUAUGGCUCGGUACUGGUGUUGAUGGUCCAUAUAACAGUUUAGAAUAUGGAUGGACAGUAGAUCCUCAACUCUAUGGAGAUACUCAAUCACGAACUUAUAGUUUGUGGACUGCGGAUGGUCUUCAAAAAACAGGAUGUUAUAAUGCACUUUGCCCGGGAUAUGUGCAAGUGAGUCACAAACGGAUAAUGGGUGAAGUUAAUCAUCCAGUUACAACUUUUGGUGAAGAUGUCUAUGCCAUGGAGUUCAUGCUCUUCAAGGAUCCAAAAACAAGCAUUUGGUGGCUCUACGAGAAUCUCGGCGACGAGGCAAACGAAGCAGUAGGUUACUGGCCAAAAGAGUUAUUUCCAGUCAUGUCAGAUGCAGCUACAGUAGUGCAAUUAGGAGGCAAAGUUUACAGCCCCUCAAGCAUACCUCAACCAGCCCAAAUGGGAUCAGGAGCUUUUAUAACAGAUGAUUUUACCAGAACUUGCUAUGCUUCAAAUAUUAAGUUUGUCAAUUCUGACUUCCAUUUUUACAAACCAAAAGAUGUGAACAUGCAAGUGGUUGCUGAUGUACCUGAUACAUAUAAGGCAGAUUAUCUGGGAGAUGCAAGUAAAGAACAUCCUGAAAGAGGGUAUACCCUUUUGUUUGGAGGACCUGCCAUUAGGUAGAUGGGGUUAAAGGUCUUUCCGUGGGCUAAUUAUCUUAAUAAGUCUUUACAAGCUAAGAUGUCAUCUACCAUAAGCUUUAAUUUCAACAUUGUUGUGACAAGGAUAGCUAUUUACAUAUUCAUAUAUACUUCUAUGUUGCAAUACUUCA